AUGGAUCAGAGGAAGAACUGGCCUCGGGUACCGGACUCCGAUGGCUGGUCGGUGGUUUUGCUCUGUCUCUUCCUGGCAUUGCUCUCCCGAAACGUGUCCAGCAAUGCCUUGUUCAGCACUUUCCACUCUGAGAACCGGGACUGGACGUUCAACCACCUGACUGUCCACCAAGGCACCGGAGCAGUCUAUGUUGGAGCUAUCAACAGGGUUUACAAGCUCUCGGGUAACCUGACCAUUUUGGUGGCUCAUAAAACUGGUCCCGAGGAGGACAAUAAAUCCUGCUACCCACCCCUCAUUGUCCAGCCAUGCAGCGAGAUCCUCACCCUCACCAACAAUGUCAACAAGCUGCUGAUCAUUGACUACUCUGAGAACCGGCUGCUGGCUUGUGGCAGCCUCUACCAGGGUGUCUGCAAGCUGCUACGCCUGGAUGACCUCUUCAUCUUGGUGGAGCCCUCACACAAAAAGGAGCACUACCUCUCUAGUGUCAACAAGACGGGCACGAUGUAUGGUGUGAUUGUGCGCUCGGAAGGGGAAGAUGGGAAGCUCUUCAUUGGCACGGCAGUGGAUGGGAAGCAGGAUUAUUUCCCCACCCUCUCCAGCCGCAAACUUCCCCGGGAUCCAGAGUCAUCAGCAAUGUUGGAUUAUGAGCUCCACAGUGACUUUGUCUCAUCCCUCAUCAAAAUCCCCUCAGACACCUUGGCCCUUGUUUCACACUUUGACAUCUUCUACAUCUAUGGAUUUGCCAGUGGCAACUUUGUCUAUUUUUUGACUGUCCAGCCAGAGACCCCAGAGGGUGUCUCCAUCAACUCUGCCAGUGAUCUCUUUUACACCUCUCGCAUCGUCCGUCUCUGCAAAGACGACCCCAAGUUCCACUCCUAUGUCUCUCUGCCCUUUGGCUGCGUCAAGGGGGACACGGAGUACCGCCUCCUGCAAGCAGCCUAUCUCUCCAAGCCAGGAGAUGUGCUGGCCAGGUCUCUCAACAUCACGGCCCAGGAGGAUGUUCUCUUUGCCAUUUUCUCCAAGGGACAGAAGCAGUACCAUCAGCCACCUGAUGACUCCGCGCUCUGCGUCUUCCCCAUUCGUGCCAUCAACGCUCAGAUCAAGGACCGCCUGCAGUCCUGCUACCAGGGGGAAGGUAACCUGGAGCUCAACUGGCUGCUGGGGAAGGAUGUCCAGUGCACUAAGGCGCCAGUCCCCAUCGAUGACAAUUUCUGUGGGCUUGACAUCAACCAGCCCCUGGGAGGCUCGGUGCCAGUGGAUGGUCUGACCCUCUUCACCUCAAGCCGGGACCGGAUGACUUCUGUUGCUUCUUACGUCUACAACGGCUACAGCGUGGUGUUUGUGGGGACUAAGACUGGCAAGCUGAAGAAGAUCCGAGCAGAUGGUCCUCCUCAUGGUGGAAUUCAGUAUGAAACGGUGACGGUUUUCAAGGAUGGGAGCCCAGUCCUUCGAGACAUGGCCUUCUCCAUCGAUGGGAAGUACCUGUACGUCAUGUCGGAGCGACAGGUGUCCCGGGUGCCCGUGGAGUCCUGCGAGCAGUACACGACCUGCGGGGAGUGCCUGAGCUCGGGAGACCCCCACUGCGGCUGGUGCACCCUCCACCACAUGUGCUCCCCAAGGGACAGCUGUGAGCGCGCAGACGAGCCGUACCGGUUUGCAGGCAGCAUCAGCCAGUGCAUGAGCAUCACCGUGCAGCCCAGCAGCAUCUCCGUCUCCGAGCACAGCCUCCCGCUCAGCCUGUUCGUGAGCGAUGCUCCAGACCUGAGGGCCGGGGUCACCUGCCUCUUUGGAAACCUGACGGAGGUGGAAGGGCAGGUUUCAGAGAACCGGGUUGUCUGUGUUUCACCAGCAGCGAAAGAUGUUCCUGCCAUACCUGUGGAUCAAGACUGGUUCGGCGUGGUGCUGCAGCUGAAGUCGCAGGAGACCGGGAGGACGUUUGUCAGAACCGAGUUCAAGUUCUACAACUGCAGUGCCCACCAGCUGUGCCUGUCCUGUGUGAACAGCGCUUUCCGCUGCCACUGGUGCAAGUACCGGAACCUCUGCACCCACGACCCCACCACGUGCUCCUUCCAGGAGGGACGGAUCAAUGUCUCUGAGGACUGUCCUCAGCUCUUCCCCACAGAGGAGAUCCUGAUCCCAGUGGGAGAGGUGAAACCCAUCACACUGAAGGCGAGAAACCUGCCCCAGCCCCAGUCUGGCCAGCGCGGGUACGAGUGUGUCCUCAGCAUCCAGGGUGUGCCAUCGCGUAUCCAUCGCGUACCCGCCCUGCGCUUCAACAGCUCCAGCGUCCAGUGCCAGAACAGCUCGGUGAGGCACUAG